AUGCCGGGCACCGUGAAGGUUAAAGUCUUAGCCGCCCGCAAUUUGCCGGUAAUGGAUCGGGCAUCGUUUCUGACGGACGCUUUUGUGGAGUUGCGCCUUGGAAGCAUCAUGUUCAAAACAGAGGUAAUACGGCGUUCUCUUAAUCCAGAAUGGAACUCGGAUUGGUUUUGCUUCGAACUAGGAGAUGCCGCGCUCCGAGCUGAGACCUUGCAAAUACGGGUUCUAGAUCAUGAUACCUACAGCGCUCACGACGCGAUCGGUCGCGUAUACUUUGACCUCACUCCCCUACUUCAGACGGGCCAAAGACGCAGCCUACACGGUUGGUUUCCCCUUUAUGACACAAUGCAUGGAAUUCGCGGGGAGAUUAAUUUGGCAAUACGCGUCGACAUGUUCUCCUCACGUCAGAAGUUGUCCUCCCUCAAUGUGCGCUUCUUUUUCAGUGAGUUCUUUGCCUCCUCCACUUAG